AUGCACGGUCAAAACAGCAAAGCAAUGCAAGGAGUGUGUCUGGUGGCUCUGGUUCUUAUGCAUCAGGUAAAACACUUUUGGUUAUUAUUUUACCAUUUUAUUUGCAAUAUUCUAGUGUUUUUAGCCAUCUUUAACCAGUAGUGUAACUGUAAUGCUGAACGUUGUUGAUGUGUACUCUGUAUGGCAGGUGUGUGCUAGUCCCACAGGUAGCUUUGAUUCACUGCUGAGCCUCCAGCAGGGUACCAAGCUCCUUGAACGGAGAGCCCACAUGACCCUUCUGUGUAGGUUCAUGGGGCGAUUA